ACAUAGAAAAACUCGAGCAAUGCCGGGUAGGUCUUUGCAGAGAGUGGUUUGUGUUGAAUCUAUGGAUGUGGUUGUGAGUGUGGCGUGGAUUUGAAACCAGAGCAACACGAGCAGGGUUUCGUUCUCUACUCUCUCUAUCAGGUACCCAUGGUUCAACACUGCUAAUAUCUAUAUAUAUAUACGUAUUGUGUGAGGAGGAACAAUGGCUUUGGAAGGUGGUUUGAAGAAGCUAGAGUACCUCUCAUUGGUCUCAAAGGUAUGUACAGAGCUGGAGUCUCAUUUAGGGUUUGGGGACAAGGUUUUGGCCGAAUUCAUCACGGAUAUGGGUCAAAAAUGCCAGACAGUUGAGGAAUUCGAUGUUGAAUUGAAGGAAAACGGUGCUGAAAUGCCCGAUUAUUUUGUCCGCACACUUUUAACUAUAAUUCACGCAAUUUUGCCUCCCAAACCCAAGUCCAAAUCUGUUAAGGAAUCCAAGACUGAUGGCUCUCAAGGCAAGAAAUCAAUUUUUCCUGCUUUGGCGAUUGGGGACAGUAAAGACAGAGUGAAGGAGAUUGAGAAAGAAAUCGAGAUGGAAUCGAAGGUUUGGGGUCGCGGAGACGAAGAAGAGGAGCUUAUAAACCACAGGGAUAGGGACAGAGGUAGAGACAGAGAUAGGAGAGAGAGGCGAAGAGAGAGAGACAAGGUUGAGAGGGGUGAUAAUAGGGGUGACAGGUAUAGAAACCACCACCAUGAUGAUGAUAGAGAUAGGGGGAGGUAUAGGGAUCGGCACGAUAGGCAUAGGAGAGAUGGGUAUGAAGAAGAUGGGGAUAAUAGGGAAGAUGAUGAUAGGAGGGAUCGAAGGAACAAUAGGUAUCACUCGGAUGAACCUGAGUUGUAUCAGGUUUACGGGGGCAGAGUGUCAAGAGUGAUGGACACUGGUUGCUUUGUUCAGCUCACUGAUUUUAGGGGAAAAGAAGGUCUGGUCCAUGUUUCACAGAUCGCGAAUCGAAGGAUUAGCAAUACCAAGGAUUUUGUAAAACGCGAUCAGGAGGUUUAUGUGAAAGUGAUAUCAGUGUCAGGUCAGAAGUUGAGUCUUUCAAUGCGGGAUGUUGAUCAAAAUAGUGGUAAAGAUUUACUUCCAUUGAAGAAGAGCUCGGAUGAUGAUGCUUUUCGGACUAACCCUUCAGGAGUGAAUAAUCGGGGUCCAACAACUAGGACGGGUCUCUCAGGGAUUAGAAUCGUUGAAGAGGAUGAUGCUAUCCCAUCACGCCGGCCACUGAAGAGAAUGAGUUCACCAGAAAAAUGGGAAGCUAAGCAACUGAUUGCUGCGGGUGUUAUGGAUGUUAGGGAGAAUCCCAUGUAUGAUGAAGAUGGAGAUGGGUUUCUCUAUCAAGAAGAGGGUGCUGAGGAAGAGCUUGAAAUUGAGCUAAAUGAAGAUGAACCAGCCUUCUUGCAAGGACAGAGCCGAUACUCUCUAGACAUGUCACCUGUUAAAAUUUUCAAGAAUCCGGAAGGGUCUUUGAGUCGUGCAGCAGCCCUUCAGUCUGCUCUCAUAAAAGAGCGGAGAGAAGUAAGGGAACAGCAGCAAAGAACAAUGCUUGACUCUAUCCCGAAAGAUCUCAAUCGUCCGUGGGAAGACCCAAUGCCAGAGACAGGUGAGAGGCAUCUUGCACAGGAGCUUAGGGGAGUUGGUUUAUCAGCAUAUGACAUGCCCGAUUGGAAAAAGGAUGCUUUUGGGAAAGCCCUGACUUUUGGGCAGAGAUCAAAGCUUUCUAUCCAGGAUCAGAGGCACAGCUUGCCUAUUUACAAAUUGAAGAAUGAAUUGAUUCAGGCUGUGCAUGAUAAUCAGGUUCUGGUGGUAAUUGGUGAGACAGGUUCAGGCAAGACAACACAGACGACUCAGUAUCUAGCUGAAGCAGGGUACACUACCAAGGGCAAGAUUGGAUGUACUCAGCCCCGUAGGGUGGCUGCAAUGUCUGUGGCCAAGAGAGUCGCUGAAGAGUUUGGUUGCCGUUUAGGUGAGGAAGUUGGGUAUGCCAUUCGUUUUGAGGAUUGUACCGGACCAGAUACGGUGAUUAAGUAUAUGACUGAUGGUAUGCUUCUGAGAGAGAUUUUGGUUGACGAGAGUUUAUCUCAGUAUUCAGUCGUAAUGCUUGAUGAAGCUCAUGAGAGGACAAAUCAUACUGAUGUCCUUUUUGGACUAUUGAAGCAGCUUGUGAAGAGGAGACCUGACCUUCGUUUGAUUGUCACAUCUGCCACAUUAGAUGCGGAAAAAUUUUCUGGGUAUUUCUUUAACUGCAAUAUUUUCACAAUUCCUGGAAGAACUUAUCCUGUUGAGAUACUCUACACCAAACAGCCAGAAAGUGACUACCUAGAUGCAUCCCUAAUUACUGUUUUACAGAUUCACUUGACAGAACCCGAGGGUGAUGUUCUCCUCUUCUUGACUGGUCAGGAAGAGAUUGAUCAUGCAUGCCAGUCUCUUUAUGAGAGGAUGAAAGGGUUGGGUAAAAAUGUUCCUGAACUAAUUAUUUUACCAGUCUACAGUGCUCUUCCAAGUGAAAUGCAAUCCAGAAUCUUUGAUCCUGCCCCUCCAGGAAAGAGGAAAGUGGUUGUAGCAACCAAUAUUGCGGAAGCAUCUUUGACCAUUGAUGGGAUAUAUUAUGUGAUUGAUCCGGGUUUCGCAAAGCAAAAUGUUUACAAUCCUAAACAAGGGCUUGAUUCAUUGAUCAUAACUCCUAUUUCACAAGCGUCAGCCAAGCAACGAGCUGGCCGGGCUGGAAGAACCGGGCCUGGAAAAUGUUAUCGCCUUUACACUGAGAGUGCUUUUCACAAUGAGAUGUCACCCUCAUCAAUUCCAGAAAUCCAAAGGAUGAAUCUUGGAUUGGUCACACUUACUAUGAAAGCCAUGGGGAUAAAUGAUCUUCUAGCUUUUGAUUUCAUGGACCCACCUUCGCCUCAAGCUCUCAUUUCUGCCAUGGAACAACUGUACAGUCUAGGAGCUCUUGAUGAGGAGGGCCUUCUGACUAAAUUGGGUAGGAAAAUGGCUGAAUUUCCAAUGGAACCACCAUUGUCUAAGAUGCUACUUGCCAGUGUAGAUCUUGGGUGUAGUGAUGAGAUUUUGACAAUCACUGCAAUGAUUCAGACUGGAAACAUCUUCUACAGGCCUAGGGAGAAACAAGCCCAAGCAGAUCAAAAGAGAGCCAAGUUUUUCCAACCUGAGGGAGACCAUCUGACGUUACUUGCUGUUUAUGAGGCUUGGAAAGCCAAGAAUUUUUCGGGUCCAUGGUGUUUUGAGAACUUUGUUCAGUCUCGAUCCUUGAGGAGGGCACAGGAUGUACGGAAGCAGCUUCUCAGCAUCAUGGACAAGUAUAAAUUGGAUGUUGUGACUGCUGGGAAGAAUUUCACCAAGAUAAGGAAGGCAAUUGCUGCAGGAUUUUUUUUCCAUGCAGCGAGAAAAGAUCCACAAGAAGGUUAUAGAACUUUGGUAGAAAACCAGCCAGUUUAUAUCCACCCGAGCAGUGCUCUUUUCCAGAGACAGCCUGACUGGGUGAUCUACCAUGAGCUGGUAAUGACUACAAAGGAGUACAUGCGUGAGGUCACAGUUGUUGACCCUAAAUGGCUUGUGGAACUGGCACCAAGAUUCUUCAAAGUGGCAGAUCCCACAAAAAUGAGCAAACGCAAGCGUCAAGAACGCGUUGAACCUCUUUAUGACAGAUACCAUGAACCCAAUUCAUGGCGUUUGAGUAAAAGACGUGCUUGAUUUUUGUUUCUUUUUUUUUGUUUUGUUUUGUUUUUUUUUUAAAUUUAUCAGUGUGGGUUUGGUUUCAGACCAUUACUUUGAUUCUGCUUUGUAACACGACUCAGUAAAUUUUGUACUUCAUUAGAUCAAGUAAAAACAAAUGCAGGAGCGAAAGCUUUUUGUGCAAUGGCCGCGUAGGAGUUCUUUCAAACUUGUUGCUAA